CACUUUAUAAUAGAUGUCUAUUCAGUUCCUGUAAGACUAAUAAGAAUUGUUUGUUUUGUUUUGGGGACUACACAAUAAACCCUUUCUUGAGACUUUACAUUAUGGUUCUUAAUUAUUUGUGUUUUUACCUACAAGUUUUCAAAAUAAUAAUAUAUUUUUGUGUUGGUAAUGUUUGACAUAACUUAAGCUGUUACACAUUUUCCUCUUUAUGCACCUGAGAUAGUCUUAUCACACCUUUAAUUAUAUUUUAUUACAAUUCUGUUUUGAAGCUGAUGUAGCAAUAAAAUCGCAGGUUCAUAUCUUACUUACAUGUUUUAAGACAAAGUUUGAUCUUGAUAUUCAUUUCUUAUUUCAAUGAGAUUCCCCGUUAUUUUAUAUAUAUAUUUACAGAUUAGUUGUUUUGACCAAGUGCAGCUCAUCAUUGAAAGAUUAAAGAACUCCUAUCGCGGCUAAUAGUCAGUCUCACUAUUUUAAUAUAUGCUGUUGUUUAACUGCUCAAAUAUGCAUAAUUUGCAUUUUGUGCACAAAAUGCACUAAUGGACCAUAUUUUGCGCAGGUUUCUUAUUGAUUUUAGUGUGUUACAGUUUUUUAUCCGGAUACAUAACCUGCAACGUUGCAAAGGUCCACACCAAAGUUAAUUAUUAACGCCCUAAGAAUAUUCUGCUCCUUAACAUGGCCGCCACAUGUCCAGAUGAGGGGCCCCUGAAACGGAGCCAAACAGAUUUGACUUUGCUUCACUCGCCUGAGCCACCUUCAUUAUUUUUGCUUCAGCAGCAACCAAAGGCAUCGGUGAAUAGAUAUCUAUAGUGCUGGAAAAUAUUUUAAAUAUUGCUUUUGUUUUAGGUUUUUUGUCAGACCGAAAUGCUUAAGGUUCUAAAAGACAUUUUGGUAUCGGGCUGCGUAAAUAGACUGAAAGAAAAACAUUUCAGACAAUUUCAUUUGUUAAAAUGAAAACCAUUUUAAACCAACCAUCCAAACCAACCAGCCAACCUUAUUAGAAAAAGUUAAUCCCUCACUUGUUAAAAUAGAAAUGAAUUUUCUUUUUGGACAGCUUUGUUUAGUUUCACUCUAGCUUGACUUUUGCCCAAUUUGUGAAAUCAAGAAAUCUCUUCAGUAGAACCUCGCCAACAUUUCAAGCCUUAAAUAAACAAAUGAGAAAGAAAGUCAUUAACAGUUGCCAGUCCGGAAAAGUUAGGUGGUUUUUCACAGGAGUUUCCAGCAAUUACUCCAAGAUGAAGAUUGAAAAAUAGAUUAAUUCACCCCGGGGUUUUGGCCUUGGAUAUUUGGUUACCACAAGUAUGAAGAAAGUUUGUGACAAACUAUUUCCUGGUAGCGAUACAGACAGAAGUAGUUCUGAGGAUGAGAGCUUUGUCUCUGCAUAUGAUCUUUUCGAUGCUUUUCUUUUUGACGCUUCACCAGCUGGGAAGCACACUUUCCCAACAGUUGAGUCUGAAAGCUCAACUUUUGAAUUGAAGACGACAUUUCAAGACAGUAGCCAUGAAGAAAGCACUGUUCUAAGGAACAAUUUUACCAAUCUUCCCUGGUAGAUUCAGACGGAGAAAGAGCAGAUUCUGCUGCUGUUUCCAUGAACAACUCCUGAACAUGUUGGUGUUCAGUAGGGAAGUAGUUUAAUCCUCACAAUUUGGAAAAUAGCAUUCAUCAUCUUAUUUAGCAUAAGCAUUGUGUUUGAUGUUUUUUUUUUAACCUUUAAUUUUUAUAUUUUUUCAUAUUUCUUUAAUGGAAAAAAAAUUCUGUGUACGUUUUAAAGAGAGGUUUUAUUUCAUGAUAAAACCUCUCUUUGCUCUCUCUGAGGAUGAGAGCUUUGUCUCUGCAUACGAUCUUUUCGAUGCUUUUCUUUUUGACGCUUCACCAGCUGGGAAGCACACUUUCCCAACAGUUGAGUCUGAAAGCUCAACUUUUGAAUUGAAGACGGCAUUUCAAGACAGUAGCCAUGAAGAGAGUACUGUUCUAAGGAACGAUUUUACCAAUCUUCCCUGUCAGAAGGAGACUGUUGAGUCCGAAAACUCAAGUUUUGUUUUGAAGAAGACGGCACUGAAGACAGUAGCCAUAAAGAGAGCACUGUUCAGACCACUUUCUUAGGGAAGGAUUUCACCAAUCUCCCAAAAGACCAAACUUCUCCGCCUGGGGAGGUUUGCUCUGCAGUUGUAAAGAUUGAAAUCAGCAGAAAUGAAGAAAGUGACGUUGACAGAUUUUGUACGUUUUCCAACUCAUUCAAAAAUUGUUGGAUUAACGCCAGCAUUCAAAGCUUAGUGAACUUGAGUUUUAUCAGAAAGUGCCUGUCUUUAAAUCUAUUAAAAUAAUAGAGCAUACUGGUCUGGAUGAGAUCUCAUUUCAAUUUAAUUCAUUUUUAUCAUGUGUUUUUUUGUUACACAACACAAAAAGACGAUCAACAGUGUUACACUUUUCUUUUCUUUUUACGACAAACCAACUGUCAUAAGUUUUCUUUCACACAGUAAAGGUUUAUUAUUAUAAUUAUAUAAAUGUGAAGUAAUUACUGCUGAAUCAGCUAUACUGAAAGGAUAAAAAGUCAACAAUCUGUAACUUUUUUGUCAACAGUUCAUUCUUUUGUAUUGUCUAUGAUGUCAAUUAUGAAAAUGCUAAAGGUAUAUAAUAAUAUACUUAUACUUAGUAUAGUAAGCUUAUACACGCUCAUUAUACUUAUAUAAUAAGCACAAUUUUGCAAUAGUAUUUUUCAAGAAAACCUGUGUAUCACGCCGGACAUUAUACAUUUUUGCUCUUAACAGCAGAAUAGCGAGCUUAACCUCGAUAAUAAGUCAGGCUGUCUGCUCAAGUCGCCAGGCUUUCCUUCCAGACUUGCCCCUUGCAACUUCCCAUCUGAUAUAAAGUUUUAAAAACAUCUUAGCUCAAAAAGAUAUUACAAAGUACCCUGAAAUAUUUUGUAAACACCUAAAUUUUUCUCUUUUGUAAGUGAGAGAAGAAUUUCACUGAUUUUUUUAUUUUCAGCAGCUUCACAUCCCGUAUUUCCACUGUUUGGCACUGAACUCUAAGCUCCAAGAUGUCAAUGUUUGACAUCAUGGAGAGAGGUUCAUCAGAGACUUCCUCCACAAAAUGGCCUCUGACAUUUGAGCUUUAGGUUAUUGUUAAUACAAGGGUGACCAAUGGAAACAAACUGGCAGACUUAUGGCAAAUACUCAAGGGAGUCACGAUUUAAACUUUUGUUUUCCAAUCUGAUAAAAACACACAAAAAAACAAAUAGCAGAAAAACCCCUGCAUAAUUUUACUAUUGUUAAAAUGUUAUUAUUGCUAAAGAUGUAAUCUUCAACAUUAUGUGCUCAGAAUGGAAAAUGAGCAUUGCAGCAUAAACCCUGAUAAUCCUCAGGACAACAACAAAAUGGACACGCUUACCCAUUAUACAGACUAUGUCCCUCAUUGUCUUCCUGUUUUUCCACCAUGUCAUUCAUGGGAAACACGAACUUCCAGCUCGUUUGGAUCCUUAGGCUGUCACACAGGAGUCAGCAGCUGGUCAUCCGCACAAAACACACUCAGACAGCCGAGGAAAAAAAAAGGUUUGGAUUCUCCAGGUGGAUUGAGAACACAUCAGCCAUGGCACACUGCAGCCUGCGGUCAACGCCCUCCUCUCCUCACGAUGAUGUCAAUUUGGGACCUUCAGCAAACCCACACGCCAGACCGACUGACUUUGACUUCCUGGCUGUCAUUGGUAAAGGAACCUUUGGGAAGGUCCUGCUUGCAAAGCUGAAAGCCGACAACAAGUUCUACGCAGUCAAAGUUCUGCAGAAGAAGAUCAUCCUCAAGAAAAAAGAGCAAAAGAACAUCAUGGCAGAGAGGAACGUGCUGCUGAAGAGCCUGAAACACCCGUUUCUGGUCCGGCUCCACUACUCCUUUCAGACCGCAGAAAAACUCUACUUUGUGCUUGACUAUGUAAACGGAGGGGAGCUCUUCUUCCACCUCCAGAGGGAGAGGUGUUUCUCGGAGCCGAGGGCGAGGUUCUACGCUGCCGAAGUGGCAAGCGCUAUCGGCUACCUCCACUCUCUUAACAUUGUCUACAGAGACUUAAAACCAGAGAAUAUCCUUUUAGACUCUCAGGGUCAUGUGGUGCUGACGGACUUCGGGCUGUGCAAAGAAGGCGUUGAGCCAGAAGGAACCACCUCCACUUUCUGUGGCACCCCAGAGUACUUGGCACCGGAAAUUCUGCGUAAGGAACCAUACGACAGGACAGUGGACUGGUGGUGUCUGGGAGCCGUUCUCUAUGAGAUGAUCUAUAGCCUGCCUCCUUUCUACAGCCGGGAUGUUGGUGAAAUGUACGAUGGGAUUCUCCACAAGACGCUGCCGCUCCCUCCGGGGAAGUCUGAGGUCGUCUGCUCUCUGCUGGUUGGUCUUCUGCAGAAAGACCCACACAGACGACUCGGAGCGAUUGCUGACUUUUUAGAAAUAAAGAACCAUCCCUUCUUUGCUCCAAUCAACUGGGACGACCUGUAUCACAAGAGGAUCACUCCUCCUUACAACCCCAAUGUGAGAGGCCCGGCUGACACCCAACACAUUGAUCCAGAGUUCACCAGGGAAAUGGUUCCCAGCUCGGUGAGUCGGACCCCGGAGUUUAACGCCAGCACCAGCUCCAACAACGCUUUCAAUGGGUUCUCCUUUGUCGGCACAGAGGAUAGUUUCCUGUGAGACCAAAAGGUUCAAACUGUCAGAAAAACCAGUGAAAUGAUAUGUUCUGUCAAAGAAAGGGGACGAUCGCUGUUCUGUGUUUCCAUCUCAGGGAUGUAACAGAAUCCCAGCUGGCAUAGCUCAGAGGUGGAGCAUGCAGGAAAUGGAGAUGCUCAGAGGAACCGCACAGGAAAUGUUCCCUUGUUCAUUUCAUAUGAAGAAGCAUAUAGGAAUACUUGAGGCCGUAUGUAGACCAAAGAUUAGUUGGUUUUUUUAUAUAUAUAUUUAGAUGUUAUGGUAAAAAGUGAAGCACUGCAUUUCCUUAAGUAUGUACAGAAACUGAACGGACAAAGACAAAAAUAAGAAAUAAUCAUAUAAGACAAGAAAUAUCUGAAAAUCAAAAGCCACAGUAAACUCAACUCUUGCUUGUAUAAUUUAAAUCUCAUUUCUGGUGUGAUUGGUGGGCUAAGUGGGUUUUUUUUAAUCUACUUUUUCAUAUUUUUGUAAAUUAUUUGAUUUUUAUUUACAGAUGAACGGGUUAAUUGCACAGUGGAACAAAGGUUAACUUAUGCACAGCACCAGUCUUCUGAAGUCUGUUUCCAGACUUUUCGCUAAUUACUUUAUAAAACAAAGAUGUGAACUUUUAUUGGAAAGAAAUUAGUUUGGUGAGGUUAAUGAAGCAAUUGUAAAUGUGCUUCUUUUCUAUAAUAAUCACAAAUAUAUUUAUGAACAAAAAUAGACAGUUAUGUUCACAGGCUUGAAUGUCUACAUUAAUGUGCAAGCAAAAACACACUUGAUGUAACAGUCACCUACACUGUAGUAAUAAUAUUAAAGCUGGUUUUUAUAUUUAAGUAUUGUAACUCCUGAAUACUGUAAAUGUACAGUAACUGCUUUGAAAAAAUAAUUGUGCAAUGUGUUAAAAUUGAUGUAGCAGUGUAAACACAUAUGAAGUGCUUCUCCCAUAACUAUUUUAGUGAUAAUUGGUGCUGGGGUUUGGAUCUAAAGUAUAAUUCCUAGUGAAAUAAAUUGUUUUGUUUGUACAUGUAAAAUAAAAAUAUGUAUUUAAA